GGCUUCACUUCCGGCUUCACUUUGUGGCACGAACGAUUUUACUCGUGCACAACAUCGUCGAAGAAAUAAUUACACACGUGUUUCACGAUUUUUUGUUUCAUUCGUAAUAACGUAUUUUUUCGAACAUCUUUUACUUAAAAGUUUGACCAAUCCAGUGACGUAUAUCGAUACGUUUUUUGAUUUAUUUAUCGUACGUUUGUUAACGUAAAUUCAAAGAAGACGAUAAAAUGGAUAAUGGUACAGAAACCAAGACCGAGGAGCAGGUUAAGCAGGAAGAAAAAAAGCCGGUAGAAGAGAUUAAACCAGCCGGUGAAAUAAAGGUCGAAGAACCCGAAGACAAAAUAAAGGCCGAAGAUAUAAAAGUUGAAGGCAUUAAAGUCGAAGAAAGUGAAAUAAAAAAAGAGGAAGUUAAAUCCGAAGAUGUCAAAAGCGAGGAAAUCUCGGACGAGCUGUUGGAGAAAAUUAAGGCGCAAGUUGAGUUUUACUUCGGCGACAUCAAUCUCCAAAGAGACAAAUUCCUCAUUGAACAAACAAAAUUGGACGAAGGUUGGAUUCCAAUGACAGUUAUGCUGAACUUCAAACUGUUGGCGUCCAUGAGCAAAGAUCCCGAAGUUAUCCUCAAUGCUCUUGAAUCUAGUGAGCUCAUCGAGAUCUCGGAAGAUAGAAAAAAAAUCAGACGCUCUCCUGAACAUCCAUUGCCCGUGUUCGACGAAGCUUACCGGAAAUCUCAAGCUGAAAGAACAGUCUAUAUCAAAGGAUUUCCUCUCCAUGAUAUAUACAUCCAGAAACUUAAGGAAUUUUUCAAACCCUAUGAACCGUUUGAAAAUAUCAUCAUGAGAAAGUUCCUGGAUAAGGAAAAGAAACUGAAAUUCAAAGGCUCGAUCUUUGUACAGUUUAAAACACUAGAGGGAGCGAAAGCCUUCAUGGCGAGAGAAUCGGUCAAAUACGGUGAUACAGAACUCAUCCGAAAAUACAGCGAAGAUUAUGCUUUGGAAAAGGCAAAAGAGAAGGAAGAAAGAAAACUGAAAAAGGGUGAAAAGAAGGAAAAAGAGACCAACGAGAACGAUCACGAUUCGGAGGGAGGUGCCGAUGAGACGAAUGGAAAAUUCGAACUACCGAAAGGAUCGCUCGUACAUUUCACAGGCACGUCUGCGAAUACAAGGAGAGAAGCUAUCAAAAAAAGUUUGAUGGAGCUUGGUGGUGAGGUGGCUUAUAUUGAUUACGAAAUGGGCAAAUCGGAAGGUUGGGUUCGUUUACAAGACGCGAACUCGGGAAAAGCUCUCGUUGAAAAAAUGAAUGACGGUAAACUGACCAUCAACGAUGAUGUGUUGACCUUCAGGGCUCUAGAGGGUGAAGAAGAGACUACGUACCUUGCCGACGUUGAAAAGACCAUCAAGCAACUGCGUAACAGAAAUAAAAAUUCGAAGAAAAGCCGACGUGGGCGUGGUGCGCAGAGAGGUAGAGGUAGGAAGAGGCAUGGAAGUCCAGCUGGUGGUGCGACUGCAGCAAAGAAAUCAGCCAAUAAAUAAUUUCAUCGAGCUAACCUUGAAGUAUAUACAUAUACAAAUAUAUAUUAUAGAUAUAUCGUCAUCAAACUAUAUUUUUAUUGACAUUACGAAAUUUCGAGAGAUCAAGUCAGUGACGAUCAGCGACUGAACUGGCGACCUCACGUUGAAAAAAUUUGUUCAUUCCCACAAGUUCAGUUGCCUGAAAAAAAAGAAUCGUUUCCAGAAAACGACAUUUCAUGAUAACUAUUUCGAUGCCAAUACUGCUAAAAUGUGGUGUUAAAAUUUCAAAUCUCCAUGUUCGGUUACUCCAUGUUCGGUAUUCCAUAAUUACAAGAUAAAAUGAGUUUUUUAAAGUUUUCUAGAUGAAGAUUAUUCAUAACUUUCCCAUAAUCCAGUCUGCGAAUUAUCAUUGAAAAAGUAACAGAUCGUCUAAUUUUUUUUAUCCAUUGAUGCGAACGCAGCUAAACUUUUGUUUAAACGAGAACCAUGAAAGUUUUACUUGGAUUUGUUAGAAUGGUUUUAAUGUUUUAACGCCAAUUUGACUCAAUGGCUGGUUAUCGAAAGAAAACAUUUUUCCAGUUAUAAUAACAUCGAGAUUGUAAUCUCGUGUCGAAACGGAACAAAUAAAGAGAACUUGGUGUAUAUUUCAUAAAA